GACUCACAGGCAUGACAGCCGAGCGCCGUGCUGAGGACACCUGCCUGCGACCUGAGCCCGGAGACGCUGCAGCAGCCGGAGCGGUCAGCCGAGACUGACCUCGGGCUGGUGCUGUUGGUGGUUUUUGUGUUUUUAUUUUGCCGGUUUUCUUGCGGUCGUCUCUCCUGCUCAUAACUCUGCGUUAUGGAUUAGUGGAGGGGGGGCGGCCGAGAAGCUACUGUAAAUCCCCCUCACUGUUACUGUGCGGCUGAUCUGGAUUUAAGCCCAGGACAGAGAUAAAUUGCCUUCAGGAGGAGAGCAGAGCGAAUUUGGGCCGGUAUGGACACGAACAUGAGGAAAUUCACAGUGCGGAGGUGGUUUUCGGUCUACCUGCGCAAGAAGUCUCGCUCGAAGAGCUCCAGCCUGUGCAAACUAGAGGACGACAGCAUCCUGAAAGAGAUUGAUAUAAGCAACCAUGUGAAAGAAGGCUUCGAGAAGGCCGACCCCUCCCAGUUUGAGCUUCUAAAAGUGUUGGGACAGGGCUCCUAUGGAAAGGUAUUUUUGGUGAGAAAGAUUAAAGGCUCGGACACUGGGCAGCUCUACGCCAUGAAGGUGUUAAAGAAGGCAACUCUGAAAGUGCGGGACAGGGUGCGAUCCAAAAUGGAGAGGGACAUCCUCGCUGAAGUGAAUCAUCCUUUCAUAGUCAAACUUCACUACGCCUUUCAGACGGAGGGAAAACUCUAUCUCAUCCUAGACUUCCUCCGAGGAGGCGAUCUCUUCACCCGCCUCUCCAAAGAGGUGAUGUUCACUGAGGAGGAUGUGAAGUUCUAUCUGGCUGAGCUGGCUUUAGCUCUGGACCAUCUUCACAGCCUGGGCAUCAUCUACCGCGACCUCAAACCUGAAAACAUUCUUCUUGAUGAGGAAGGCCAUAUAAAGAUCACAGAUUUCGGCCUAAGCAAAGAAGCAAUAGAUCACGACAAGCGUGCAUACUCCUUCUGCGGGACCAUUGAGUACAUGGCCCCGGAGGUGGUCAAUAGGAGGGGGCACACGCAGAGCGCUGACUGGUGGUCCUUUGGAGUCUUAAUGUUUGAAAUGUUGACUGGAUCUCUGCCGUUUCAAGGCAAAGACCGCAAAGAGACUAUGGCACUCAUUCUCAAGGCAAAGCUCGGGAUGCCACAGUUCUUAAGCCCAGAGGUGCAGAGCUUACUGCGUGCGCUGUUUAAAAGGAAUCCUUCCAACAGAUUAGGAGCCGGACCUGAUGGUGUGGAGGAAAUCAAAAGGCAUCAUUUCUUUGCAACCAUAGACUGGAAUAAAUUGUACAGAAAAGAGAUCAAACCUCCAUUCAAACCAGCGGUGGGCAGACCAGAGGACACCUUCCAUUUCGACCCUGAAUUCACCUCCCGCACACCAACAGACUCACCCGGCGUUCCUCCCAGUGCUAAUGCCCAUCAGCUCUUCAGAGGCUUCAGCUUUGUGGCCACUAACCUGGGGCCGGAGCAGUCUAUUGCAGAUACCAGGCAGAACUCUGUCAACCCCAUAGUACAGCAACUUCACGGCAACAACGUCCAUUUCACUGACGGCUAUGAAAUAAAGGAGGACAUCGGCGUCGGCUCGUAUUCAGUCUGCAAACGCUGCAUCCACAGAAUCACCAGCGUGGAAUAUGCUGUUAAAAUCAUUGACAAAGCUAAGAAGGACCCGUCUGAGGAGAUUGAGAUCCUUCUGCGAUACGGACAGCACCCGAACAUCAUCACUCUGAAAGAUGUCUAUGAUGACGGGAAGUAUGUGUACCUGGUUAUGGAGCUGAUGCGAGGAGGAGAGCUGCUGGACCGAAUCCUGCGGCAGAAGGGCUUCUCAGAGAGAGAGGCUUCAGCCGUGCUGUGCACCAUCACCAAGACUGUGGAGUAUCUACACUCACAGGGGGUCGUACAUCGAGACCUAAAGCCUAGCAAUAUCCUGUAUGUGGAUGAGACGGGAGACCCAGAGUCCAUCAGGAUCUGCGACUUCGGCUUUGCCAAACAGCUCCGAGCUGAAAACGGCCUCCUUAUGACCCCCUGCUACACUGCCAACUUCGUAGCACCGGAGGUUCUGAAGAAGCAGGGAUACGAUGCUGCCUGUGAUAUCUGGAGUCUGGGAAUCUUACUGUAUACCAUGCUCGCAGGGUUCACACCCUUCGCCAACGGGCCAGAUGACACCCCGGAAGAGAUCUUGGCCCGAAUCGGCAGUGGCAAAUAUGUCUUAUCUGGCGGGAACUGGGAUACAGUGUCUGACGCUGCUAAGGAUAUUGUGACUAAAAUGCUGCACGUUGACCCUCACCAGAGGCUGACCGCCCCUCUGGUUCUCCGCCACCCCUGGAUCGUAAAUCGAGAUCAGUUAUCUCAGAGUCACCUCGUUCGCCAGGACGCGCAGUUGGUCAAGGGGGCGAUGGCUGCCACGUACUCGGCUCUCAACCGAACGCCACAGGCUCCGAAGCUUGAGCCUGUCCUCGCAUCCUGUCUGGCUCAGAGGAGAGGCAUGAAGAGACUGACAUCCACUUGCCUGUAGCUCGCCAUCCACAAACAGCGUCCCCUACGAGCUGUGAAGAUAUCCGAGAGCCCGGCCUUGGAGAAGGAAGCAGGCGGACCCCCAGAGCAGAAAGCAGAGCAAACAACGUGUCCACUGAGGCUGAGCAACGGCAGAAUUUCACAACGGAUUUGACUCCACACACACAGCUUCUGGAAGCUCAGAGGCAGAUAGCUGCUAAUAUUAAUGCUGAGGUCAUUAAUAUUAGAUCUAGAGCUCCUGCUGGAUUUCUUUGUGUCACUGCUGUCAGGUGUAGGUCUAACUUUGUGAAGGAAAGGCACUUAACCUGUGCAUCAUAGUGAUGGAGCAAGAAGUUUAGAAGAAGUUUAUGUCACUAACCAAGAGCACAAAUCGUAGGUUGGUCAGAAACCUGGUCUGUCAAGGCCUUCACUGCUUGCUGCACGCUAACUAAGCUAUGUUCAACAGCUGGGGUGAAACCGCUGCCAUUCAAGCGUACACCCACAUAUAUGUUGUAUGGUUUGGUGAGCAAGAUUUUUGAGUAAAUUGGUUGAUUUUAUGACCCUGGCUCAUGUCGGCGUCCAAUUAAACACAAAUCUGGCGGACCGAAAGAGAAGUAGCAGCAAUUCACGUGGUGAAACGUAAUUAACAUACUAACAAUGAACCUCUUGAGCAGAAAUUACCAGCAUUAUUGACUUUUUUUGACAAUACAAACAACAUGCAUGCGAUGUAAGUGACUUUAUGAAUGAAAAAAGGAAUUGGUGUACAUACUUCUCACUUGCCGCAGGAAGCGCAGUGAACAUUUUGAAAGUUGUGAAACAUGGUUCACCCUUACUGUGUAGUCCUCUUUUUAUUAUGUGGCUUCUUCAUCAACCGUCUCUUUUUCCUUUGACUUAUUGGCUUAUUUUGUUUUCCUCAGUUGUGGUCUCCUGCCAUGUAGAGAUCAUUUAGCUUAUUGCUAGCUCUUUAUGCAAAACAAGAAUUAUUUUUUUAAAAAAGAUGCUUUCAUUUGUGCACUUAUUUAUUUAUUUAUUCACCUAUUUAUUUAUU